CAGACCGUGGGCAACAUGGAACAGCCAUUCACUGUUAGUUCAUUGAAAAAGUUAGCAGCUAUGCCUGACCACACAGAUGUUUCAGUGAGCCCAGAGGAGCGAGUACGUGCCUUAAGCAAGCUUGCAUGUAACAUCACAAUCAAUGAGGAUAUUACGCCACGUCGUUACUUUAGAUCCGGAGUAGAGAUGGAACGCAUGGCAUCUGUAUAUCUGGAGGAAGGAAACCUGGAGAAUGCUUUUGUUCUUUAUAAUAAAUUUAUAACCUUAUUUGUAGAAAAGCUGCCCAGUCACCGUGACUAUCAGCAAUGUGCAGUACCAGAAAAACAGGAUAUCAUGAAGAAACUGAAAGAGGUUGCAUUUCCAAGGACAGAUGAAUUGAAGAAGGAUCUUUUAAAGAAAUAUAAUGCGGAAUACCAAGAAUAUAUGCAAGACAAAAACAAGUGUAAAGCUGAAUUCUUAAAGAAACUGGAGCAGCAGAGAUUGAUAGAAGCAGAAAAGAAGAGAAUUGCGCAGAUGCGACAACAGCAGCUUGAAACAGAGCAGUUUCAGUUCUUUGAAGAUCAGCUUAAGAAGCAAGAACUAGCCCGAGAUCAGAAAAUUAAAGAGAAUAUGGUUAUGUCUGAACAGAUUGAUGGAAGUGUGUUGUCUUGCAUUUCUAUGCAUCAGAAUAACUCCGUAUCUAUCACAUUUUCUGAGAAAGCCAGUAAGAGUGAUGCCUCUGUAUCUGCUGGACAGUCUCCUCCAGUAAACCAGGCCUUAAAGCCAGCAGCCACUUUAAGCACUGUUCAGAAUCAAGUGGCUGAAGCACUCCGAGGUGUAGUUUUACCCACAGAUCUUUGUCACAAAUUUCUGCUGCUAGCGGAGGCAAAUACAGUAAGAGGAAUAGAGACAUGUGGAAUUCUCUGUGGAAAACUGACACAUAAUGAAUUUACUAUUACCCAUGUAAUAGUGCCAAAGCAGUCUGCAGGACCGGAUUACUGCGACAUGGAGAAUGUGGAAGAAUUAUUCAGCAUUCAGGAUCAACACAAUCUCCUCACUUUGGGGUGGAUCCAUACGCAUCCAACACAAACUGCAUUCUUAUCCAGUGUUGAUCUUCAUACUCAUUGUUCUUAUCAGCUAAUGUUACCAGAGGCUAUUGCAAUUGUUUGUUCACCAAAACAUAAUGACACUGGGAUCUUCAGACUUACUAAUGCUGGCAUGCUUGAAGUUUCUGCUUGUAAAAAGAAGGGGUUUCACCCACAUACUAAGGAACCUAGACUAUUUAAUACCUGUAAACAUGUAGUUGGGACAGAAACAAAAAUAAUUGUGCUGGAUCUGAGGUGAUGCUGAUGGAAGAUAAAUGGCCUACCAAACAGAUGCCCCAAGUAGAAAAAUGGCUGCCGGAUUUUCCAAUGAUGUUUUUCAGCAAUUACUGAUGUUUUAUAUUUAUACAUUUUAGAUUUAAUGGUUUGAUAUUUAUUGCUCUUGCCAUUUUCAAGUUAUUUUGUUCUGUCAAGACAGAGUUCACAGUGAAUUAAAACAAAAGCUGUACAUGUAUCUGAAUAAUACGAUACAACAAUAAAGUGA